GAUGUUCAUAAACAAAGAGUCGUUGCCAAAUUCAAAGCAAUUUCUACAAUUCGUUUCUUCCCUUUUUCCAUGUCUUAUGAACCCUAAUUGAAGUUUUCAUUCAGGAAGACUUGUACAGGAUAAUCGUUAACAAUGGCGUCCUACAUGAGCAUGGGAGAAGCACACAGAAGGAUAACCGAGUAUUUGAAUCGAUUCGCCGACGUCGUUUCGUACCAAGACGGAACCUCUCUCAAACAUCUUCUUUCUCUAUCUUCUGAAUCAUCUUCUUUCCUCGCACUCGCCGAUGCUCUAAAUCUCUUUCAGGAUGCUAACAGAUUGAUCAGGCAAGCCGAUAAGUAUUCUCAGUAUGCGGAAAUAGUAGCUCCUUUAUUUCGAGCUAUGCAGAGUUAUAGGGUCGGGCACUUGGCUGAAUCUUACCAGGCGUUUGAGAAAUCUGCAAAUGCUUUCAUUCAGGAAUUCCGGAACUGGGAGUCAGCAUGGGCGUUAGAAGCAUUGUAUGUAGUUGUAUAUGAAAUUAGGGUUCUUGCUGAGAGGGCUGACCGAGAGUUGGCUUCAAAUGGAAAAACUCCUGAGAAACUAAAGGCAGCUGGGUCAUUCCUCAUGAAAGUGUUUGGAGUUCUUGCUGGAAAAGGACCAAAACGUGUUGGGGCGCUAUACGUCACUUGCCAGUUGUUCAAAGUUUAUUUCAAGCUGGGCACUGUUCAUCUUUGCCGAAGUGUGAUAAGAAGCAUUGAAACUGCUCGUAUAUUUGAUUUUGAGGAAUUUCCUGUCAGGGAUAAGGUAACAUACAUGUACUACACUGGUCGCUUGGAAGUGCUGAAUGAAAACUUUUCAGCUGCUGAUCAUAAAUUAUCGUAUGCCUUAACGCAUUGCGAUCCUCAAAGUGAAGCAAACAUAAGGAUGAUCUUGAAAUAUCUAGUACCUGUGAAGCUUUCAAUAGGGAUCUUGCCUAAAAGAUCACUCCUGGAGAAGUAUAAUCUGAUUGAGUAUAAUGACAUCGUACUCGCUAUGAAGAGAGGUGAUCUCAGACUUCUUCGACAAGCGCUUGAGGAGCAUGAAGACCGAUUCUUGAGAUCAGGUGUUUAUCUUGUCCUCGAGAAGCUAGAGCUUCAGGUGUACCAACGAUUGGUAAAAAAAAUCUAUAUCAUCCAAAAGCAGAAGGACCCAAGUAAGGCACACCAGAUCAAGUUAGAAGUGAUUGUCAAAGCAUUGAAAUGGCUUGAGAUGGAGAUGGAUUUGGAUGAGGUUGAAUGCAUAAUGUCGAUUUUGAUAUACAAGAAUUUGGUGAAAGGGUACUUUGCUCACAAGAGCAAAGUGGCAGUUCUAAGCAAACAGGACCCGUUCCCCAAACUAAACGGCAAGCCAAUCAAUUCGUAGCGUGGAGCCAUCGACUUGGUAUAGAAUUUGGAAUGCGGCCUGAGAAAUGCCGGAUAUCAGCAAGCGGAUGCCGCCGAUGGCUGCAUAGUAAGUGUGGGAUGCGAUGAAAUUGCUGCCAUUUAUGAACUUCCAUAACUUCACUCCAUCUUCUAUGGAGAGUUGAUUUAAUUCAAGUACGAAGAAAAUAUUCAAGAACCGGGUUUUUAUUGUCACUUUCUUAGAAUUAGAAAUAUUUAAAAUCGCUAUUUCUGAACAAAUUCCUCGAUAACAAUGGGUAAAAAGGCCCAAUUUCUAGCCGGUCCAAUUUGUUACACCAUUUUGACUUUUGAGGGUUGAUCGGUCAAGGGGACCUGUUAGUUAGGGUAUUAGGGUUUUAGAAGGUGGGUCCAUUUGUCUUGUAGAAAUGAAAUUGAAAUGGAUUCGGGGGAUUUGGAAUUUAAA